AUGAGCGACAUUCUCCUCCCCUUUUCCAAGGCAACCGUCGAGAACGCGCGGGAACUCGGUUCUCUUCCGCCUACCGUGGGAGCUCCGGCGCCAGAUCCUCGUACACGCGUUCGGUGGCAAGACCGUCCACGUGGACCUGAGCUUCCGGGCGUACCUCCACGACAUGGAAACGAGCGGGGGAAAGGGCCGGUCCACGGCGGCUACCCGCCCUUGGCGUACAGCUGGUCUUCCGAGCUUCAGCCUCGCGGCCCGCGCGCGUGGAGGUGGUACAACUGCGUCUGCCACCACGUCAGCCCGGCGGCGCCGGAUUCGGUGGCGCUGCGCUUCGAUGACUGCUUGUUCGGCACGGCGCGGAACUGUGAUGGCUGGGAGGGUGUCAUGCCUCAAAAAUGCAAGUUGGGCGUUACCGGCUUCUUGAUGACAUGUCAACAAGGCUACGAAGAAGCAACCGACGUGCUGUACUCGACCUGUAGACUUUUCGUCAAGGGCCAACCCUUGAUCGAUGGACUCCUCCAGCAGUACAUCCUACCCGACGCACCUCGACUGACAGGACCGAGCUUCUUACGCCUCACGUCUCUCGUGCUCUGUUGGAGCUUGGUGCUCUUCGGCAACGCUCCCAUGGCUAGACAAGACGAAGGCAGCCAGCACCCCCGCUUCCUCAGGAAUCUCGAGCUCCUGCCGCGCGCAUUUCCCUAUCUGACUCGUCUUCAUCUUGCCUUUGAAAAUCUUAGCUUCUCCGGCGGCCAAUUCGCCCCGAUAAGCGACGAACCGCUGUCCGAGGUCUCGACUGACUUCUUGGACCCCAUCAGAAGCGUAGGCGAGCGUAUCGAGGGCCUCUCCGGUUUGAAUUUCAGUGCAUUCAUCCCCCAUGAUACUUAUACCAUCAUUCUCUCCGGGCCUCUUCCCGAUGGAGCGUGGAGCGAGGAUAGCUUUAGUGUGCCUGGGCGGCCGACGUGUAUAUGGUAUCCCUUGGUGCCUGGCCCGGUGAAGCUUGCGGAGUCUUUUGAGCUAGAUUUAAGUUUUGGACGGUCGGCUUAA